CACAAACCCUUCUCUUCUCUCCUCUUCUUGCUUCUUCUUCUUCAGAUUCAUGAGACUCCUGUAGAAGCCUCCUUGAAAACCCAACAACAAAGAUGAAAACUUUGCGAGCUCUCAGAGCUCUCGCCACCCUCCACGCGCGCCCCCACCCCUCCAAUUUCGCCUCCCCCGCCUUCUUGCUCCGCCCCUACGCCGCCCAGCCUCAGGAGGACUCCGACCACAACGACUCCGAUUCCGUCUUCAACAGCGCCGAUUACGCCGUCCCCGCCGCCGGCGAUGACCGUGCCCCCCGGCAGCCCACUUGGAGCGACAAGAACAGGAGGCGAGCUGACGAGGUGUUGUUUGGUGAUAAGCCCAUGAGGGUUCUGGAGGUGGAGGAGGAGGAGGACGAUUUGGAGGAGGAGAAGCGGAGAGUGCUCGCCAAGGCCCUGCUCGAGGCCGCCUUGGGGGCGCCGGAUGCUGAGGACGACGACGAGGAGAUGGCUGUGAUGGAGGAAGAUCAGAAGUCUCUGGCCGUCGGGAUAAUCGGAGCUCCCAAUGCCGGGAAGUCCGCUCUCACCAAUUUUAUGGUUGGAACAAAGGUUUCUGCUGUCUCACGGAAAACAAAUACAACCGUUCAUGAAGUGCUAGGAGUCAUGACAAAGCGAGACACUCAAAUAUGCUUCUUUGAUACCCCCGGGCUUACGUUGACUUGCAGUGGAUUUCCCCAUAAGGACUUGAAAGCACGUGUUGAAAGUGCUUGGAGUGCAGUUAAACUCUAUGAUGUGCUCAUAGUCUUAUUUGAUGUUCACAGGCAUCUUACCAGGCCUGAUAUAAGGGUAACUAAAUUGAUUGAGCGAAUGGGAGCUCAAGCUCACUCUGGACAAAAGCGGGUAUUGUGCAUGAACAAGAUUGACUUAGUGGAGAAAAAGAAGGACCUCCUACAGGUUGCAAACCAAUUUAAAGAUCUUCCUGGUUAUGACAGGUAUUUCAUGAUAUCUGGACUGAAGGGUUCUGGGGUGAAAGAUCUUUCUCAGUAUCUUAUGGAGCAGGCAAUUCAAAGACCUUGGGAUGAAGAUCCAAUGGAGAUGAGUGAGGAAGUCAUGAAAAACAUUUCUUUGGAAGUUGUGAGAGAGAAGUUGUUGAACUACAUACACCAGGAAAUUCCCUAUGAGAUUGAGCAUCGCUUGAUGGACUGGAAAGAGUUGCGAGAUGGUUCUCUGAGGAUUGAGCAGCACCUCAUUACCCACAAGCAAAGUCAGCGCAAGAUUUUGGUUGGAAAGAAAGGCUCUAAAAUAGGAACGAUAGGGAUUGAAGCAAACGAAGAGCUAAGAUCCAUCUUCAAGAGGCAUGUCCAUCUCAUUCUCCAGGUUAGAGUAAAGUGACACCAUUUGCAAGGAGAUGAUUUCUACAGCAGGAUCUUUCCCUUACCGUCCUUAUGGUGGGUACACAAGUAAAGUUCUUCAUGCUGCAUUUGCACCUACGUCCUGUCACGAGUCUCGUGACAAGCAGCAGUCAAUGAUGGGAAUUGUUGUGCAUCCACGCCGCGGUGAAAAAGGUAGUGAACAAGAUGGGACAAGAUGCCGAUGCGAAUUCCUAUGAGGAGAUUCCCACAUGACAUUCGGUGGGAG